AUAGCUGGCGCCCAAGGGAUACUCAUGCCUCCCCGCGAAGAGAGCAGGAGCCGAUUUGAAAUUUGGAAUGUUCGUCGCAGGGAGAAUGUUUUCGAGGUCUCGAUGUAGGAUCAUCCGUCUUCCCUUGUAGUGCACGUCAACGAGGACAUAUUAGAAUGAUUGCACGGGGUCUUCAUUGGGAGGUCCGGUAUCGAGGAUGCGCGCCGAGAGCGCGUCAGCGAGAUGUGCGUGAAAUCGAUGUCUUCGGAUGUGGUGAUGAUUCUGGAGUAUUUGAGUGCCCAGUCAGAGCAGCGACAGCAGGCGGAAAGACCAUCACAUAGGUGAGGAUGUCGAGGGAGCAGGUUGUAGAGUGGAAAGGUACAAGUUGCACGCGCGUGUUUAUGCGAUCAUUUGCAGAAGCUGCUUCCGACAGAGAUUUGAGGGAGACUCCGGCGCCCGGAGCUCGG